AUCAUUUCCGGUGUGAAUGUAACUGUUUUUACCUUGAUGCCACUUUACGCUGUAGGUACACAGUCAAGCGUGGCUGCAGCUCCUCCCCCUGAAACUAGUCAGCACUCCGCUAUUGCUAACUGAGCUGCGGAACCACAGCAGCGACACAAUCUACGUCUGCUUAUUUGUAGGUUGAAGUUGAGGUGUUGCGUCAACACGGACGCGUUUGGAGUUGAUAAUCGUUUUCAGCUUGGAUAACUAGAAAGAGCACUGACAAGGUGUUAGUUAAAGUUUUGGUUAGCUAGUUGCGUCGUUUGGCAGCUAACUUACUUAGCUAGGCUUAUUGGCAUUCGACGUCCGUUUCAAAACAAAGCCCGCAAAACCAAGAAAUAGAGAGCCAGCUGUCACUUCCACGGUAGCUUGUUAACAAACAAGCUAGCCUAGUCAAAAGACAAAUUAUAUCUAUCCACUGUUUUGGACUCUAACUUAAUGCACAGUCAACACUAUUUCGAAGACGUUAAGGUUAAGUUGAAGAAGCUGUCAGCAGGCUUGGCGGUGACGCUGUUGUACCGAUAACUUCUCAGAGACUAGGUAGCGUGUCGAUAACAUCACAUUGAGGCUCUCAAAACUUGGAAUUCAAUGUCCGAAAAGAGUUCAUCGUCCGGUUCGGAUGAGGAUGUGGAACCGGAAUCUGGACACCCUGUGGAGCACGGAGGCGUCCUAAGCAAGUGGACAAAUUACAUACACGGGUGGCAGGACCGAUGGGUCGUGUUGAAAAACAAUACUUUGAGUUACUACAAGUCGGAGGAUGAACGGGAGUACGGCUGCAGGGGUUCUCUGUGCCUUAGUAAGGCUGUCAUCACACCUCAUGAGUUUGACGAGUGUCGUUUUGACAUCAGUGUGAAUGACAGUGUUUGGUACCUCAGAGCCGAAGAUCCCGAGCACAGACUCCAGUGGAUAGAGUCAAUAGAACUUCACAAGGCUGAGUCUGGAUAUGGUUCAGAAACAAGUCUGAGGCGCCAUGGUUCCAUGUUGUCUCUCACCUCAGCAGCUAGUGCCUUGUCUUCCACUUCAACAUCCUCCUUUAAGGGGUACAGGUUGCGUGAGAAGCUUGCUGAAAUGGAAACCUUCCGGGACAUUCUUUGCCGACAAGUGGACACCCUUCAGAAGUAUUUUGACUCCUGUGCUAAUGCUGUUUCUAAAGAUGAAUUUCAAAGAGACAGAGUAGUAGAGGAGGAUGAAGAAGAAUUUCCUUCUGCUACGAGACCAGAUGGCGAACACAAUCAUAACAACAAUGGCAGCAAAGAAAAAUUGUUUUCUCCUGCCAGUCCCAAAGGAAUUAAUGGGAUAGACUUUAAGGGUGAAGCCAUCACCUUUAAGGCCACCACAGCAGGCAUCCUCUCUACUUUGUCCCACUGCAUUGAGCUGAUGGUCAAACGAGAGGACAGCUGGCAGAAGAGACUGGACAAGGAGCUGGAGAAGAGGAGGCGAGUAGAAGAUGCCUACAAAACUGCAAUUAAUGAACUGAAGAAGAAGUCACACUAUGGAGGCCCAGACUAUGAGGAGGGACCCAACAGUCUGAUCAAUGAAGACGAAUUCUUUGACGCAGUGGAAGCUGCUCUGGACAGACAAGACAAGAUAGAAGAGCAGUGCCAGUCAGAGAAGGUCAGGAUACCUCGCCUUCCUGCUGGUGACGCCUUUUCCACCAUCGGUACACACCGAUUUGCCAACAAGCACCAUAGCUAUUCUUCCUCCCAGUCCUCCAUUGAGCUAGUCAGCGCUUCAGAUGACAUUCACAGAUUCAGUGUCCAGGUGGAGGAGAUGGUGCAGAAUCAUAUGACUUACUCUCUUCAGGACGUGGGUGGAGACGCUAACUGGCAGCUGGUAAUAGAAGAAGGAGAGAUGAAGGUUUACAGGAGGGAGGUGGAGGAGAAUGGCAUCGUGCUGGAUCCUCUUAAAGCUACUCAUGCUGUAAAAGGGGUAACAGGACAUGAGCUCUGCCACUACUUCUGGGACACAGCUGUCCGAAUGGACUGGGAGACCACCAUUGAAAAUUUCAACGUUGUGGAAACACUCUCUGAUAAUGCCAUCAUUGUUUACCAGACACACAAGAGAGUGUGGCCUGCUUCUCAGAGAGAUGUUCUCUAUAUGUCCGCCAUCCGCAAGAUCCUGGCUACAAAUGAAAAUGAUCCUGACACAUGGCUGGUCUGUAACUUCUCUGUGGACCAUGACAAUGCUCCUCCCACAAACCGCUGCGUUCGUGCCAAAAUCAAUGUCGCAAUGAUCUGCCAAACACUGGUCAGCCCACCAGAGGGUGAUAAAGAGAUAAGCAGGGACAACAUCCUUUGUAAGAUCACAUAUGUUGCCAACGUAAACCCUGGAGGAUGGGCUCCAGCCUCUGUCCUCAGAGCCGUGGCCAAGAGAGAGUAUCCCAAGUUCCUCAAACGCUUCACCUCCUACGUUCAAGAAAAAACAGCUGGGAAGCCCAUUCUCUUCUGAAAGCAAAGAGCCUUGCCUGUAGAAGGGACGUAGUUCAGCAUUGAGAAGACUCACGAUGACCUACUCACCUGUCAUAGAGUAUGCUUUUAAACAUCAGCUCAUCCCACAGGAUACCUGUUUGAAGAUGAGACUUGUUCUACAGCUUUAAUGCAUCAGUAGUCAUCAAUAUAACUACAGUUUUAAUGGCCUGGCACCAUUUGUUUGUCAUGAAAGUACAGUUUUGUAUAAAUUCAAGAAUUUCCUAAGCAGUUUUUGAAAUGUUAGUGAUUAUUUUCUUUUUUCUUCUUUUUUUUUGUAAAUUGUUUUGUACAUUUGUUAUGAUUACAUGCUUCUUGACUUUUUGGGGGGGUUUUGCUUUAAUCACUAGUAUUACAGCUACUUGUUUUGCUGCUGCUAAAGUGACUACCAUAAGAGAGGAAAGUAGAAAAUCCCAGUAACAGCACUGAUUAGGUGAGGUACACUAUCUCCUCUUUUUUUGCCUUGUCCUGUCCCUCUUGUGAUGACUCUUUUCAGUUUGACGGGGGGUCAGAGCCUAAAGCUUUCAAAUCUUUAUAUUUCUAGAUUGUUAUAUAUUAACUUUGAGAGCACCAUGGACACAAUGUAUUGUACAGAGAAAACAGAUUAAGUUUUCAGUUAGUUUACCAAUGUAAGAAAUGUGAAUUGACUGUUAAACGCUUGAAUUUGAUGACAGAAGUGGACUGAAUAAAUGGGAGGUUAAGAGAAUUAGCUAAUUAUCUCUUUUUGGACCACACGUUUGACUCAGCUAAACUGGAUGACUGUGGUCUAUAGAUGCUACGUUGCGGUCGGUAGUAUCUGUCUUCAGACAGAUGAUGCAAGUGACCAGCUGUAGCGUCUGAUAUUUUGAUUGCUCUCUUUCACUGAGAGAUGACUGGAUACAUUUAAUACAUCAGUUUUGUUCUUAAUUAUUUUCAGCCUCCCGCGUGGCAGGAGAAAUACUGUAUUCAUGAGUGUCGUAUUUGUUCAGAGAUGAAGUCGUUAAAUGUUGAGAAGAGUAUCAUCUACACCCUAAGCGCUCAGUCGUGCAUUAUUUACAUUUCACACGCUACACUACAGUGCAGUGGUCUCCUGCCCUUUGACUGAUAAACUACCCCCAGAAUGCCUUAGGUACCAGGAUGAACCUUAACAAGUCCUGGAUUUAUCUACUUUACAGCCACCAGACGUGCAUUUAUCAACACUUGACAUGAAGCUUGGUGGGGUCAACAUUUCACAUCAUCUUUACCUCAUGAUUUAAAUUUCCUUUAGACUGCGUUUAAAGCCAUCAAAAGUUAGGAUUUCUGCAAUCAGUUAGCCGGAAUGGUUGACAAAAUUCACCAUCAGAUUUUCAUUUGAGGUCCGAGGUUCGGAAGCUUCUGGAUCAUUGUUUUGCUGAUUACACAAAGCUAGAUCUACAAGUAAUGUCAGCUAAAGAAUGCAGUGGGUGUUUUUAAUUAUAUUUUGUCAGUAAUUUACACACUUUGUAUAUUUCUAAGUUGUACAUCAGAAAUGUUAUUUGCACUAAUUGUAAUGCAAUUUGACAAUGUUAUGUAAAUUAAAGAGGAAUACACAUCAAA